AUGUACAAGUUCAACACCUGCACCAACAACAACAGCGCGCACAAGAAGUACUACAACAACAUCCAGCCAACAACCACAGUCCUUACAAUAACUACCACGUUUACUGCAACAACUCCUGCUCUAACCACAACCACGUGUUCAGCAUCAACUACAGUUCCUACAACAACUACCACGGUUGUUGCAACAACUCCUACUACAACAACAACCACUGCAACUACUACAACUCCUUCUCCAACUACAACCACAGCUGCUAUAACAAGUACCACGGUUGUUGCAACAACUCCUACUACAACAACAACCACUGCAACUACUACAAUUCCCGCUCCAACUACAACCACGUUCUCAACAACAACCACAGCUGCUAUAACAACUACCACGGUCGCUGCAACAACCCCGAUUACAACCACGUGCUCAGCAUCAACUACAGUUCCUACAACAACUACCACGUUUGUUGCGACAACUCCAACAACAACCACUGCAACUACUACAAUUCCCGCUCCAACUACAACCACGUUCUCAACAACAACCACAGCUGCUAUAACAACUACCACGGUCGCUGCAACAACCCCGAUUACAACCACGUGCUCAGCAUCAACUACAGUUCCUACAACAACUACCACGUUUGUUGCGACAACUCCAACAACAACCACUGCAACCACUACAACUCCGGCUCCAACUACGACCACAGCAGUUAUAACAACUACCACGGUCGCUGCAACAACCCCUCCUACAACAACAACCACUGCAAGUACUACAACACCAGCUCCAAGUACAACCACGUCCUCAACAACAACUACAGCUCCUACUAAAACAACGACCACUCCAACUACUACAACUCCGGCUCCAACUACAACCACAGCAGCUAUAACAACUACCACGGUCGCUGCAACAACCCCUACUACAUCCACGUGCUCGGCUUCAACUGAAGUUCCUACAACAACUACCACGGUUAUUGCGACAACUCCAGCAACAACCACUGCAACCGCUACAACUCCGGCUCCAACUUCAACCACAGCUGUUAUAACAACUACCACGGUCGCUGCAACAACUCCUCCUACAACAACAACCACUGUAAGUACUACAACACCAGCUCCAAGUACAACCACGUCUUCAACAACAACCACAGCUGCUAUAACAACUACCACGGUCGCUGCAACACUUCCUACUACAACAACAAUCACGUGUUCAGCAUCAACUACAGUUCCUACAAAACCUACCACAGUUGUUGCAACAACUCCAACUACAACAACAACCACUCCAACUACUACAACUCCGGCUCCAACUACAACCACAGCUGCUAUAACAAGUACCACGGUAGCUGCAACAACUCCUACUAUAACAACAACCACGUGCUCAGCGCCAACUACAGUUCCUACAACAACUAUCACGGUUGUUGCAACAACUCCUGCUACAACAACAACCACUCCAACUACUACAACUCCGGCUCCAACUACAACCACAGCUGUUAUAACAACUACCACGGUUACUGCAACAACUCCUACUACAACAACAAUCACGUGUUCAGCAUCAACUACAGUUCCUACAAAACCAACCACAGUUGUUGCAACAACUCCAACUACAACAACAACCACUCCAACUACUACAACUCCGGCCCCAACUACAACCACAGCUGCUAUAAUAACUACCACAGUCGCUGCAACAACCCCUACUACAUCCACGUGCUCGGCAUCAACUGAAGUUCCUACAACAACUACCACGGUUAUUGCGACAACUCCAGAAACAACCACUGCAACCGCUACAACUCCGGCUCCAACUACAACCACAGCUGUUAUAACAACUACCACGGUCGCUACAACAACUCCUACUACAACAACAACCACUGCAAGUACUACAACACCAGCUCCAAGUACAACCACGUCCUCAACAACAACCACAGCUGCUAAAACAACAACCACGGUCGCUGCAACAACUCCUACUACAAUAACAACCACGUGCUCAGCAUCAACUACAGUGCCUAUAACAACCACCACGGUUCUUGCAACAACUCGUACUACAACAACAACCACUGCAACGACUACAACUCCGGCUCCAACUACAACCACAGCUGCUAUAACAACUACCACGGUUACUGCAACAACUCCUACUACAACAACAACCACUGCAACGACUACAACUCCGGCUCCAACUACAACCACAGCUGCUAUAACAACUACCACGGUCGCUUCAACAACUCCUACUACAACCACGUGCUCAGCAUCCACUACAGUUCCUACAACAACUACAACGGUUGUUGCGACAACUCCAACAACAACCACUACAACUCCGGCUCCAACUACAACCACAGCUGUUAUAACAACUACCACGGUCGCUGCAACAACUCCUACUACAACAACAACCAGGUGCUCAGCAUCAACUACAGUUCCUACAACAACUACCACGGUUGUUGCAACAACUCCUACUACAACAACAACCACUGCAACUACUACAACUCCGGCUCCAACUACAACCACAGCUGCUAUAACAAGUACCACGGCAGCUGCAACAACUCCUACUAUAACGACAACCACGUGCUCAGCACCAACUACAGUUCCUACAACAACUACCACGGUUGUUGCAACAACUCCUACUACAACAACAACCACUGCAGCUACUACAACUCCGGCUCCAACUACAACCACAGCUUCUAUAACAAGUACCACGGCAGCUGCAACAACUCCUACUAUAACAACAACCACGUGCUCAGCACCAACUACAGUUCCUACAACAACUACCACGGUUGUUGCAACAACUCCUACUACAACAACAACCACUGCAGCUACUACAACUCCGGCUCCAACUACAACCACAGCUUCUAUAACAAGUACCACGGCAGCUGCAACAACUCCUACUAUAACAACAACCACGUGCUCAGCACCAACUACAGUUCCUACAACAACUACCACGGUUGUUGCAACAACUCCUACUACAACAACAACCACUGCAGCUACUACAACUCCGGCUCCAACUACAACCACAGCUUCUAUAACAAGUACCACGGCAGCUGCAACAACUCCUACUAUAACAACAACCACGUGCUCAGCAUCAACUACAGUUCCUACAACAACUACCCCGGUUGUUGCAACAACUCCUACUACAACAACAACCACUGCAGCUACUACAACUCCGGCUCCAACUACAGCCACAGCUGCUAUAACGACUACCACGGUCGCUGCAACAACUCCUACUACAACAACAACCACUGCAGCUACUACAACUCCGGCUCCAACUACAGCCACAGCUGCUAUAACGACUACCACGGUCGCUGCAACAACUCCUACUACAACAACAAUUACAGUUCCUACAACAACUUCUACGCGAACAACAACUACAAAAACUCCUGCCCCGACAACGACCACCGUUGCUGCAACAACUACAACGACAUCAACUGCGUGUGCGGCGUCAUCAAGCACAGUUCCCACGACAAUUUCUACAAAAACAACCACUACUGCCACUCCAAUAUCUCCCGCUCCAACCACAUCUCCUGUUAUUGCUACAACAAAGAAACCAUGCGAAACAACCAUUCCGCCAUGCACCACAGUACCACCACCUUGCUCUGACUCGCUCUCUGUAAAAUCCAAUAGCCAACAAGCUAAGCCAUCCAUUGCUAUAACGCAUCCACAAGCCACCGAUUCCAAUAACGAUCAUUAUGUUCUGACGGCUUGUUUGGAUAAAAAGAACGGCUUCCUGUUACCUGCGUUGAGUAACUGCAACGAUUUUUACAUUUGCCGUGAAGGAGUUGCUGUUCAGGUCACUUGUGGUGACUUGCAUUUCAAUCCUCUUAGAGGAGUGUGCGAUCUUCCCGAAUAUGCUGGCUGCAUUCGACAUGUGUCAUAUUGAGCCUCGAAAGCACUGCCAGAAAAACUAUGAAAUCGAAAUUUAGGACCUACCAAAGUAUUGAUGAUUGAUGAUGUGUAAUAAAAUGUUUAAAUUUAUAUUAUUAAAAAAAAAAUUAAGUAACUAUU